GUCAUUGUUGUUGUUUUGCGUCAAUUGUGGUGUCGUGUUUUAUUACCUUCACACAUAUCACAUAUUGUAAAAAUAAUUUCUUUUCUUUCUUCGCAAUUUCGCCAUUGGUACCUAUCUCGUACCGUAAGUUCGGUACUGCAUGCCAUUUUUUUUUCUUGGUGCAUAACGUGUACAUAGUGAUUACAUUCUCUUUGUUUCGGUGUUCUUGAACACUUACAUUUGAAAGAUUUUACCUACCUACUUCAAAAUAAAUUUUGUUUUAAAAUAUAUACCUACCUUGUUGUCAGUACAAUAUCUCAACGUGUUAUGGAAAUAUUUACUAUUCCUUUGUCGUUCUAAUUUGCGAUUUUAAGGAAAAAGCGACAUGGACAGCAGGAAAGAGAUGCUGAAAAAAUCGCUUGGAAUCAGCGAAUAUCCUUGGAGUUCAGAUGAUGAUGAUGAUAAUGAAACUACAAUACCUCUGAAUUUAGUACAGAGGGGGAUAAGUGAUGUGCCGCGGCCAAGUUUGGGCGAAAUUCCUGGAACAAGUAGUCAACCACCACCAGCAACGUUCUCCCCCUCAGAUUCCCCGGCCCGUAAAGCCCAGGCCAAAAUGGACAGGGAGAUGUUCUGGUCGCUCAUAACCAACCACCGUGCUUUAACACGUUCUAGGGUGAACAAUGCCGGAAUGCCCAAUACGUUGAGCGGCUCGAGGCUCGCGGCCACAGCCCCGUCGUCGGUGGAGCGCCGCGAGCUGCGUCCGGACCGCACGUCCGCGGAAGUGCAGCGGAAGCUGGCACGGUUGAAGUCGCGGGACGAAUUCGUACGGUUCACCAAGAGCCUUCAAGCCAUGCGCAACAGCAGACACAACAAUAACGUCUACCCCAUAUAUGCAAGAAGCGCAUCGGCACAAUCAAGGAAUCCCUUGUUCAGCCACUGCCUGAACCAAGACGUGCCACUUGUGAAGACUAACGUGAGGGCCCACAUUCCGAAGAGGCUUUAUGCCAGCCGCCCUGAUUGCAACUCACGAAAUCAGCAGCCGAUGAUCGCGGUGUGCGGCGGACACGGCAUCAGCGGGCCGCCCCCCACUCUCAGCGUGCCGCACCAAGACCUGCCCGUCAACCCCGCCGCUAACGAGAACACGGAGACAUUCAACAUUGAUCUUUCUGACGAUGAAUUUGUUAUACCACCGAAAAAAGGUAUGCAGUCUGCGCCAACGACAGAGAGACGAGACGGCAAUCCCUUCCAAGAUAUAUCGGAUGAUAUCAUUGAAGAAAUGUGUCAGGAGAGGCCGAGCGGCGCGCCGCCGGCCGUGCCGCCGCCGCCCGACGCCGUGGACGGCGCGGGCCAGCCCGCCAGCGAGGUCGACUCGAAUUACUUUGAAACAGCUACAAAAGACAUCCCGAAUGUUUUCCCGGAUUGGGCUAGCCUGAACGUCUGGAAAUACAUAAUGUGUAAUAAGAAGCAGGAAGCUCUCCAGGUGGGUUCAGCUGUGCCAUCAACUUCACAACAAAUCAUACAAAGGAAGAAACGAGAUGAAUCUGAGGACGGCAGUGAACUGCCAAGUGUUAAAGAGUUCAAUCAAAGCCUGCUGCGGCUGCUGGAGUGCCCGGUGUGCCUGGAGUGGAUGGAGCCGCCCAUCGCGCAGUGCCGGCGCGGCCACCUGGUGUGCACGGGCUGCCGCGCGCGCCUGGCCGCCUGCCCCGUGUGCCGCACCACCUUCUCGUCCGUGCGCAACCGCGCCAUGGAGGGGGUGUCGGAGUUGCUGCGCUACCCGUGCCGGCACGGCUGCGGGCGCGAGAUGCGCCUGCGCAAGCGCGGGCCGCACGAGGCCAGCUGCCCGGCGCGCCGCUUCGCGUGCCCGGCCGCCGCCUGCCAGCACCGCGCGCCGCUGCUGCACACUGACCUCACCCACCACUUCCAGAGCAAACAUUUGGAUAUAAUGAAGAUCGGUCGCAAACACAAGUUCUCCAUGAAAGUGAAUUCGGAACACCACGACGACUGGAUCAUCAUGGCGCUACACGAGAUGUUUCACCUGCGAGUGGACGUCGACGUGAGGAACUGGGGCGUCGUCUUCUACGUCGUCUACAUUGGGCCCAAGGCCAGGGCCAAAAAGUUUAUGUAUAAUAUCACCAUCAACGGCCAACACAACUCGCGAAAGCUAUCUUACGCUCGCCUCACCCACAGCGAUUUAGAACGCCCCUCCUUGAACGAGAAUCGGCAGGACUGCUUCCAUCUCACGCUGGACCAGACGGUGAAUUUCCUAAGGUGUAAAAACCGGCAUUGCGAUCCUGAUAAAUAUUUGGACUUCAACGUAGAGAUAGCAAAAACAGAAGACGACGAGGAAAACAAAGAAUCUCAAGAGACUUAAUUGCACAUAAUGAAAACGGGCAAAAUGCGGAAAACAGGGAAACACAUUUAUGCGUUUGCUAUUGUGCCAUUGCUCACUGAAAAUCCUUUGUUAAUUUUUUUUGUUUUUCGUUAAGCCAGCAAUAUACAGAUAUUUCGUAUGUGUGGUGGUGACUUCAAACAAUUAAUUGUCAAAUCUAUCAAAAUACCAGAUACCUGUUAGAAUUGGUAUCAUGUAAAUAAAUUUUAGCCUGCAGGUCGAAUAUAUCGAAUCUUAAAGUAAAUGGUAUUUAAUGAUAGGUAACAAUCAUUGUUUGUGAGACUGAAAGAUAGUUCAAACGGAUUUAUUUUCCGAAUUAUAGAUGCAUAUUAUUAUAUUACACUUGCCUGCGGCACAUCUCUACAUUUUCAAGGGACAGUCCUAAGCAUUGGAAUGUCUAGAUAUUUUAAGUUUAUUAUUACUAAGUUAAUUUUAAGGUUUAAAGUCGUGAAUGAUCCUUGUGCAGAGAACAGUACGGCGAAUCUGAUUGUAGUUGCUAGAAACCAUCGAUAAAACUUGUAUGGAAAUCAUAAACUUUCUGCGACAGGGGCGCUCAGUAAAAUUCCAUACAAUUAACUUACAAUAAUCGCUAAUGAUUAGAGUAAGAAAUACCUUGGUAGCCAUCAAUAGCUGUUUAAAAUAGUCACGUUAAUUGAUCUCUUGAUGUGUGAUGUAUGACUGAAGUCAUAGUUGUAACUACCGCCUGUAUUAGGUCCGUAUUAAAUAAGAUCAACUUUUCCCAAUAAACUUAUCAAAAACAAUAGAAAAUUCUCAUAGUCCUCUUAGCGUUUAUGUAACGAUUUAGUUUCCAUUACAGAAAAAAUUUAAUUGUUGUGCUUGAUCUUAUACAGUACGUCGUUAUCAUUAUGUAAUGACGGUAUUUCCUCGAAAGAAAUAAUUUUCGGUGGCGCUGACUGUCACCUUAUUCAUUUAUACCUAGACCAAUCCGUAUAUUUUGAAAGCUGCCAUGUAAAUGUUUAACAUUUUAUGAAAAUGAACUUUUAAAUAUGUCGUUAAAAAAUGUUUUGAAGAUUGUAUAAUCACAUUUUUCUACCAACAUUGUUAGUUAUUAAGUGCUUUUAUGUCUAAAAUGUGUUAGAUUUUUAAUAAUUGUAAUAAUUUGUGAUCAGUUACGUAGAACGUUACGUAACACAUUGUUGGUGCUUGACAAAAGUUAUUACCACGUUAUCAGUUUCAAAUAUUGAAUCGAUUUUAAUCGCUUUACAGUCCAACACUAAGUGGUCUGUCAGAUUUAAAAUUAAUGGUGGGACAAGGUAUAAUUAUCUUACAAAAUUAACUUUAAAAUUAAUCUGGAUAUAAUUAUAAUGCAUUUUUAAAACAUCUAGUCUCUUUCAGGUAAUGUAUUGUUUUUAUUUGUAAAUUGACAAAAGACAGUGUAUUCGUAGAGUAUUAAAUUAUUUCUAGUUAUUUGUUAAUAAUAAGAAUCACACAUGCCUUCCAGUGUAUAGGUAUAAAACUGUUUAUGUUGAUAAUAGUUUCUUGUUUAUACAUCAAAUUGUAUAAAGCUCGUACAAGUUACUGACUGCGUGGUAAGAUUCUAUCAGGAAUACCUACUUAUCAACCGUUUCCAUUAAACACAAGGAUAACAUGACGAUUUCGGACUUUUUACACAAAUCAAACGUUAUUAGAGUUGUCUAAUAUCUUUGAAUGGUUCUACUGACGUUUGUCUCCAAGUUGUACGAAUGUUAAUAAUCACGUUAAGUCACCUCCAGAAAAGUUGACCCACUAUGGUUUGGUUUUUAUGAACAGGAGAUCAUGUUUCUGUAUUAUUGUUGUUUAUAAUCAAGAAAAGUAAUUUGUUUUGGUAUUCAAUUAAUGAUAUGCUUACAUCUACCAAUAGAAAGAGCCUGUCCUUUUUAAAGUCAAAGUUGCUCCAUUCACUGAGCCUUGUCAAGAUAAGACUGACAAAAUGUAAAUGGCAUACUCUUUCUUCGAUUAUCAAUCGUGAAAAUAAAAUCGCGUUAGUACAAAUUUUAUAGAGAUGAUGUACCAGGCUUUGUCUCAGAUUUAACUCCCAAUUCUUAAAUUAUAUAUACAUAAAUCACUUUUCUUGAAUAUAAUUUGUUUCAUUAGAAUAGUGUCAAACAAACAAAAUCAUGCAUGAAAAGUAUAAAUUGAAUUAAUAAAACGAGAUAAAUGUCA